AUGGCGGAAGCACGACUUGCAAACACAGAGGGUGACUCGUUAGUGAUAGUGGACCACCAGCUUCCAUUUCUUAAAUGUAGUCGUGUGAUGUAUCAAUAUCAAAUGAAAACAAAAAGUUAUAUUUUUAAGAACUCUGAAUACUUUGACAAUAUGGAGAUUAAAAGGUACGAAGAAACUAUUUUAGCAAAUUCAAUUGAGUUUCUGGACAUUACUGAGAAUAGUCCAAAGAAUGAAGGUGAGAUGGAAAUCUUAGGAUGGGUCGAUAACAACAGAAAAAAUUCGAUCUUAUUUCCCGUGUUAAAUGAAACCCGAUCGUUGACUGUCAGAUAUCGGAGUUUGAGUGUGCCUAUAGUGUACAAUUCAUCUGCAAAGGUGUGUGAUUUGGUACAUUUUUUCUACCAACUUUUGACACAUAUUGGUGUCUUUAAAGACACUUUACAUUCUUCAGAGUGGACACAUUACACUCUUAAACUCUUUGAUAGCAAUAAAAAGACUAAAAUAUUGCGAGGGUCGAGUUUAGUAUGGGGAAUGCUUCAUUAUGAAACUGUGUUAUAUUUUGAGAGAUUAAUAACAAAUGGGUUUCAAACAAUGCCUCUUCUUUGUGACAAAGAAAUAAUGAAGAGUGAAAGAGAAAUUCUUUGUUGUGUGAUGGUACAAAAUACACAAGUUUUUGAAAUACACAUUCUUAGUAAUUUAAGCUGCUUGGAAUUGAAGAAAACUAUUAUGAAAUUGGGUGAAUUAUUUGAUGACUCUCUAACACUUUAUAAGAGAUACGGACUCUAUAAUUUAGUCGAGAUGUCACUUGACAAAAGUGUCUCGGAGUAUAUCACUGAUGACAUUUUGUGUGUGGACUUGGCUAAGAAAACGUUCGACUCAUUCUUGAUGGCGGGACAAAUAUCAACACUGAGUCAAGUCACACAAAAAGUGUUUGUAGAAGUUAAUGUACUUCUAUUCGAUCCCACAAACACUCAUCAUAUCAUUUGCUCUGUUAUUAACACAUUUAACGUUUGCCUCACAACAACACUAACAAUCAAAGAUAUCGUCAACAAGCUUUCUAAUUACAACAUCAACUUAUUCAAAGAGUCUCAUGGUUCGAUUGAGUACACCACAAAUUAUGAUGUGCUGAUUUGUGACAGUGACAUCGAAAAACUCCACAUCACUCUUGUGUGGAA